CACGCCAUCACCGUUUCGCGUUCCAUCACAACCCCGUCUCUCUCUCCUCUCUCCACUCUCUCUCUCUCAUCUCUCCCGAUCAAAUUCCAUCUUCCCCUUCUCUCUCCUCUCUCUCUCUACUCUCUCUCCUCUCCGCCUGCUCGCAAACCCUCACCAAAUCCCCCAAUCCUCCAAUUCCCCCACAGAUCUAACCCUAAUCCCCCCCAAUUCCACCCACCCCCAAUUCCCCAAUCAAAAAAACCCUAAUUCCCCCAAAUUCCAAACAUCCGUUCGGUUAUCGAUCGAUUAAUUGAACUUUUGGCUGUUUGAAUCUCGAUCUGGAACAGUUGAGGCGGUUACGGAGGUUCAUGAUCGGUUAAUUGAAGGAGCUAGGGUUUGGUUAGAUAUAUAAUAAAAAAGGGGAUCGGAAAAGUGGCUGAUGGUUGAAGUCGCACGGUACGGAGAACAACGAGAUUUGAUUAAUAAGAGUGAUGAUGGACGAUUAUUGUUAUGUAUGGGCGGUGGGAAGGUGAGUUGUGGUUCCACCGGUGGCACAUGUGGCCGGUCCCAUCUUCCUCCACGCCGUCUGUAGCUGCUCAGAACAAUUCAUUCGUAUUUGUUGAUACUAACUCUUUCUCUAAAGAUGGUCGAAAGAUUAAUGUUGGCGACUGUGCUCUGUUCAAGCCAUCCCACAAUUCCCUUCCGUUUGUUGGAAGAAUUCGUAAAUUAAAAUUAGGAAAAGAAAACAAUUUAAGUCUUUGUGUGAACUGGCUUUACCGACCUGCAGACGUAAAGCUUAAAGAAGGUGCUCCGCUGGAAGCAGCACCAAACGAGGUUUUCUACUCUUUUCACAAGGAUGAGAUACCUGCUGCAUCGUUACUCCACCCGUGUAAAGUCACAUUUCUUCGUAAAGGUGUUGAAUUUCCUCCAGGGAUAUCCUCAUUUGUGUGCAGACGAGUGUAUGAUAUUGAGAGCGAGUGUUUAUGGUGGUUAACUGACAAAAACUAUAUUAACUCUUUUUUAACACAGAAACUGCAAGAAGAAGUAGACCAGUUAUUAGAUAAGACGUCGAUAGAAAUGCAUGGAGCAGUGCAGACCGGAGGUCGGUCUCCGAAACCUAUAAAUGGUCCGAAUGGGUCCGCACAACUCAAACCUAGUUCUGAUAAUGUACAAAAUAGUUCAUCUUCCAUUUCAUCACAUGCCAAGAGUAAGAAGAGAGAGCAUGGUGCUCACAAUUCAGAAUCUGUCAAACGCGAUCGUUUAUCUAAAGUAGAUGAUGCCGAUUCCGGUCAACUUAGACCAGAACGUGUAUUAAAGUCCGAGAUCGCUAAAAUUACUGAUAAAGGAGGGUUGUUAGAUUUCGGUGGAGUUGAAAAACUAAUACAGCUCAUGCGACCUGAUAGUACCGAGAAGAAACUAAACCUAGCUUGUCGGAGAAUGCUUGUUGAUGUAAUAUCGGGUACUGACCGAUUCGAUUACUUAAACCGGUUCGUUCAGCUACGGGGCUUGUCUGUUUUAGAUGAAUGGCUUCAAGAGAUUCACAAGUGUAAAAUCGGUGAUGGUAGUCCUAAAGAGAACGAAAAAUCCGUUGAGGAUUUUCUCUUUUCGUUACUACGCGCACUCGACAGGUUGCCCGUGAAUCUUCAUGCUUUACAGACGUGUAAUGUCGGGAAGUCUGUGAAUCAUUUACGUAGCCAUAAAAAUUCUGAAAUUCAGAAGAAAGCUAGAAGUCUGGUCAGCACAUGGAAGAGACGCGUAGAAGCCGAAAUGAAUAUUAUCGAAACAAAGUCUAGUACAAGUCGAGGUGGUUCUUGGCCAAACAAGUCGAUGAUUUCGGAAGUUUCUCAUGUGGGUCCUAAGGGUUCUACUUCACAACCUUCUGUGAUAAAAUCUCAACGGCCAAAACAAAGCUCGGGUGAAGUUGUAGUCAAAUCACCAACAUCUCUGGGGUCCACAAAACUGUCACCGUCGUCCAGUCAAUCUCCGAACAAUAGUCAGUCGUGUUCUAGUGAUCAUGGGAAGACGGGGACGUCGAGCGUAAGUAAGAUCUCGAGUAGCGUUUCUCAUAGUAAAAACUCAAGCAACGGUUUUCAUGCAUCUACAAUCCUGGGAGUUCAAAAGGGAUCGCCAACGAAGCAUACGUCAGAAAGAGUAUCUGACGUGUCACUUGUAGAUAACGGUAGCAACCCGAGGCUCAUAGUGAGGUUGCCAAACACUAGUCGAAGUCCCGUACAAACUGCAAGUGUGGAAUCACCUGGAGAUUCGUCGACGGUAUCUGGCAAGGGCUCGGUUCCAGUACCUUCCGAGAAGCAGGAUCUGAAAGUAAGUAGAAAAAUUGACUCCGUCAGCAACGUACAAAACACAAACACGGCUAAAGGACUGGUUGUCUGUGAUGAAGAACAUGGUAAGAAAGAUGCAUCGUUCGGCAGUGGUUCGUCAUCAGGGAUCACUCCAAAACCGGGGAAACUAUACGAGCCAUCUUAUAGCUCGAUAAACGCGUUGGUGGAGAGCUGUGCGAAGUUUUCUGAAGCUAGUGUGCCUCCAUCGGGUGGUGAUGUUGGUGGGAUUAAUCUUCUUGCCAGCGUGGCGGCUGGCGAAAUGACGAGAUCCGAUGUGUCACCUGCGUGUUCUCCAGGUAGUAACUCGCCCGUACGUGAAGACUCCUCUUCUGUCAACGUUGCUAAGUUAAGACAAACGGCUAAUGAUGUAGGUCACAGUGAAGAUAAUAUCAGUGUGGCUAAUGGUUCUGUCGGUGGGGAUAAUAGUACACAAUUGGUGAAUAUGGACACUGACGUAAAGCCUGCGGGUUUGAUAGAAGAUGCUUCCGUGAAUGCUACGAAUAUGAAACCGAACAGUUUAAGUUCAUUACAGGAAGACAAGUGUGUUGAUGAUAAACCGGUUAAAAGCACCGUGGGUCUGGGUCCGGGUCCACCUGAUGCAGCUGCUGCAACUGUAAAAACCGAAACACAGAUAAACGAAGAAUCGGCUUCUUGGUCGUCUUCAGAUAUGCAUGCGGAUGAGAAGAAAUUGGUGCACAAACGGUCGACAGAUGAUGUUGAUUUAGCACCAAAGUUUGAAGAGAAUGAUGACAAUAAAGCCGAGCAUAGUGCAAGACAAAAUAUGGAUUCUGGCACUAGUGAAUGCGCCCAUGAGAAUAUGGAAAACGACGGAAAGACCCCUGUGUCUGAAAAAUCUAAUGAUGUAACCGAGCCCGAGCCCAGUUGUGUUGAAGAUCGUACAGUAAAGUUGGACUUUGAUCUGAAUGAAGUUCUUCCUAGUGAUGAUGGGGUACAAGGCGAGGCUGAAAAGGCUGCUCUUCAUACACCUAGCACGUUACCUUCCAACAAUAAAAAUCGGUCUGGUUUGAUUACAGUAGCUGCCGCUGCCAAAGGACCGUUUUACCCUUCCGAGAGUCUUUCCCGAGGUAAGCCCGAGCUUGGGUGGAAAGGUUCCGCUGCGACCAGUGCGUUCCGUCCAGCAGAACCACGAAAGGUUGACGUUCCAGUUCCUGAUAACCGUACAACUAAACCGGUUCGCCCUCUUUUUGACUUUGAUCUGAACGUUGGAGCCGAAGAUGCUGGUCAAAGCAAUGCACCGUCAGGACUGGAUCUUGAUCUAAACGCAUCUGAGGAGGGUCCGGAGGUUGUCCAGCUGUCGAUAAGUAGACCGAGGUCAUUUCUACCUGGCGGGCCGAAUUCUUCACGGGACUUUGACCUGAACGGGCCUGGUGUGGAAGAAGUCGGUGGCGAAUCGGUAUCGUUUUCCAAAAACGGUAUGCAGUUUAUGUCCGGUGUUUCUAAUGUCAGAAUGAAUAAUAUGGAUAUUGGAAGCUACUCAACGUGGUUUCCACCGAACAAUACCUACCCAGCGAUGACCAUCCCGUCUCAACGAAUGUUGGCUCCUGUCGCCAGCACGUCAGUUAAUCCCGAAAUGUUCAGGGGUCCUGUCUUGUCAUCAUCUCCCGCAGUUGCGUUUUCGUCCAGUGUACCGUUUCAGUAUUCAGCUUUCCCAUUCGAGACCAAUUUCUCAAUACCGUCAAUGUCGAAUACGUUUUCUUCGGUUUCAAAUGCUUAUGUGGAUUCUUCAUCGUCUGGUGGUGGGCCGAUUUGUUUUCCGACUAUUCCUUCGGUGGGACCUAACGGUGUGGUGUCAAUGCCGUAUAGGCCGUACUUUAUGAGUCUACCUGGCGGCGGUUCGAGUAAUGUUGGUCCUGACGGUAGAAAGUGGGGUAGCCAAGGUCAAGGUCAAGGUCUAGAUCUAAAUGCAGGUCCUGGAGGCGGUUCGGAUGAUAAAUUGCCUUUUGCGUUAAGACAGUUACCUCUUGCUGGUUCUCAAGCCGUAGCUGAUGAGCAGUUAAAGAUGUUUCAGCAAAUGGCGGCAGGUAGUGGCGGCGCACCGAAACGGAAAGAGCCUGAUGGCGGUUGGGACGGUGAUAGGAUUAGCUACAAACAUCCACAUUGGCAGUAAGAAAUGGUGUUGUUGCAAUGCCUGGGAAGGUGUCUGGAGACCGAACGGAAUGUUGGGUUUCGUGAAGAAUAUCCCCCCUCGUGACAAAACCGUCUUGGUUGGUUGUGGGGGUUCUGUAAUGCAUAGGGUUGAGUUGUUGCUUGAUAUAGUUUGAACAGAGUGUGGCCUGUGUUGAUGUUUAACUUGUGUUCAAAGCAUUUGCCCACCUGAAACAAAACAAAACAAAACAAAACCAGGGAAUUGGUUUCAACGGAUAUAUGUAGAGUGCCAGUUCUUCUGGGUUUAGUUUAUUAAAUUUUAUUUCCUUUUUCUGUUGUUU